CUUGCAGGUUUGUAGCUGACUCCAUCUUUCUUAACAGGGCAUCACCCCAGAGAGCUUAUCCAGUCUUGGAAUUGUGAACCUAUUCCCGAGGUCAUCCGUAAUUGAGGUUCCGAUCGUCUGUGCUGGUCAGACGUUCCAAAAUCGGAAGCAAUCCUCCCUGCUAUUGGCCACAGACAAUCACCCACUCCGCGCGGUGUACCUUGCUCGCUUUACCAAUUCACAAUCUCUUGUCCUUGAACUAAUCACCAUGUUCUCCCGUCUCAAUCAAGUUGCAAGGCAUCUUUUACGUCCAAUGCCACACUACGGUCAUACAUCUGCUGCUGCCUCGUCGGUAUCGAAACGCAGUCUGUCCAACUACCGAUAUAGCAGUCUCGAUGCUUCAGAACGCCAAAAGAAGAAUAUCGUCACAGGGGCAUGUCUGAUAAUAGGGAAUGAAAUUUUGAAUGGGAAGACCAAGGAGGCCAACUCACAUUACCUUGCAAAAUGGUGUUUCUCCCUAGGCAUUAGCCUCCUGAGAAUAGACAUCAUUCCUGACGUGGAGGACGAUAUUAUUGAAGCGGUGAGACGACUGAGCCAUAACUAUGAUAUUGUCGUCACCUCGGGCGGUAUCGGCCCGACACACGAUGACAUAACCUACGAGUCCAUCGCCAAGGCCUUUCACCUGCCCCUCGUGCUUCACGGAGAAGCUUACUCUCUCAUGAAGAAAAAGACGGCCGAGCACAGGGAUCCGGUACGGGCUGCCUUCAACUUUGACGUUCCGUCCAAAGAGCUUGAUGGAAAAAAGAAAAUGGUCUUGCUGCCUCAUGACUCUAGUCGUCCAGUGGAGGAUCAGGCGAUUCUCGCCUGCCGAGACAAGUAUUGGGUUCCUGUCUCAGUUGUCAAUGGAAAUGUAUACAUCCUGCCAGGCAUACCUGAACUCUUUAAGCACCUUUUGGACGGCCUUACACGGCAUAUCAAGCCUCGAGUGCAGAGCAAUGGCAAGAUCCGCGUGACCAUCAAGACCCUCCAACCGGAGAGCCAAAUGGCGGAUUACCUGACUGGCCUUGCAAAGAGGAUGGCGCCAAAGGAUAUAGAUGUUGGAAGUUACCCCAAGUUUCAGGUUGAGAAUACGGUUGUGCUUGUUGGCGAGGACCGAGCCGAGCUUGAGACAGUUAUUCCCGAGAUAUUGGAGAAUCUGGAAGGGACUCUGGUGAGCAUCGAAAUGCCCGAGAACCCCGAUGAAGGAGAGACGGAGGUUAAGGCUCCAGGUGGCGAAGAAAGCUGAAAGUCCGAUGUAAGUCACUGGUGUAUUGGCCUAUGGAGUUGGGUAGUUCAUGGUACCUGUGGCAGGGCCAAGCCAUGUAUUUUCAAGUCUGGCCUCGAAUGAUUUGUACUCCAAUGGAAAGAAUCAUGGUCUUGCGCCUCAAAGUUUCAUUGCUUUCGAAGGGGUAUGAGACAGCAGAAGAGCCUCAGAAAAUCCAGGGCAGCUGUACAGUACCAACACUGGGCAACUGCGCGUGGCGUGCAUCAAGAGGCAGCCAGGCUCAUCGAAAAACGUGGGGUGACGAGCGGAAAGCGGAAAGGAGAAAUGAAAGGGGGGACGCCACUCAACCGAAC